AACCUGCAGCCACACGGUACCGUCGGCCCUGUCAGCGCUCGAGCAGCUCUGCUUACUCUCUGGCACAUUCUUCACCGCGACCAUGCCUUGCGCCCGUUCCUGCCGCCCUCAGCGGAUGAGGCUGGCCCGUCGACGCAGCUCCUUGGUGGAGAGAGUCCUCAUGGUGGAUCAGAUACUGUCCGAGUUGAACCUGGAGAAGGCCGAUCUGGAGGAGGUCAUGCGUCGACUGCAGCGUGAGAUGGAGCGGGGGCUGCGCUUGGAGACCCACCAGGAGGCCAGCGUCAAAAUGCUUCCCACCUACGUGCGCUCCAGCCCCGAGGGCUCGGAGGUGGGAGAUUUCCUGGCCCUGGACCUUGGGGGGACAAACUUUCGAGUGAUGCUGGUGAAAGUUGGGGAGGACGAGGAGACUGGCUGGAAGCUGGAGACCAAGCAACAGAUGUACUCAAUCCCGGAGGACGCCAUGACCGGCACAGCAGAAAUGCUCUUUGACUACAUUGCUGAACGCAUCUCUGACUUCUUGGCUAAACACCAGCUGAAGCACAAGAAGCUGCCCCUCGGCUUCACCUUCUCCUUCCCCGUGCGGCAUGAAGACAUCGACAAGGGAAUCUUGCUGAACUGGACCAAGGGUUUCAAAGCCUCGGGAGCAGAGGGCAACAACGUAGUGGGACUUCUCCGGGAUGCCAUCAAGAGGAGAGGGGACUUCGAGAUGGACGUGGUCGCCAUGGUGAAUGACACCGUAGCAACCAUGAUCUCUUGCUACUAUGAGAACCGCAACUGUGAAGUUGGCAUGAUUGUAGGCACCGGGUGCAAUGCAUGCUACAUGGAAGAGAUGAACAUGGUGGAGCUGGUGGAGGGUGACGAGGGGCGCAUGUGUGUGAACACCGAGUGGGGAGCGUUUGGGGACAAUGGCGAGCUGGAGGAGUUUCGCCUGGAGUACGACCGCAAGGCAGAUGAAAUGUCCCUCAACCCUGGCCAGCAGCUCUUCGAGAAGAUCAUCAGCGGGAAGUAUAUGGGCGAGCUGGUGCGCCUGGUGCUCCUGAAGCUGGUCAACGAGGACCUGCUCUUUCACGGCGAGGCCUCUGAGCAGCUGAGGACCAAGGGCAGCUUCGAGACCCGAUUCGUGUCACAGAUCGAGAGUGACUGUGGUGACAGGAAGCAGAUAUACAACGUCCUGACGACGCUGGGACUGAUGCCUUCUGAGCUGGACUGCGACAUCGUGCGACUGGUGUGCGAGCGUGUUUCCACGCGGUCCGCUCACAUGUGCGCGGCUGGGCUUGCCGGCAUCAUCAACCGCAUGCGGGAAAGCCGCUGCCAGGAACUGCUGGAGAUCACUGUGGGCAUCGACGGCUCCGUCUACAAACUGCACCCCAGUUUUCAGGAGAAGUUUCAUGCGGUUGUCCAGGAACUGACACCUGGGUGCGACAUCACCUUCAUCCAAUCAGAAGAAGCGAGCGGACGAGGGGCGGCGCUAAUCUCUGCGGUGGCUUCCAAGAUGGCAGCCACGUGAUGCGCUGCUAAAAGGGUGCCAUUCAGCCUCCUGCCACUUGGGGGUGGAAGAGGACUACGAUUUUAUUGACUAUGAAAUGGAUUGUUCCUCACUGUUCUCCAGCGGGGUCGUUACUGUGCGGGAGGAUUUAGGUUGUCGUGGGAAGGAAUUGUCUUUGCUGACCCUCGGUUUAUAUAAGAAGAUUCAGAAGAGGAUCCUAAAAAGUGAUGUUUUUCAGGCACAAAAUCUUGCUACUAUGUCCUUCUAUGUAGCUCCAGACACAGUCCUUGUUAAUGCAGCAGAACACUGUUAUUUAUUGUUUAUUUAAUUUCUUGAAUGUUUUCUACAUGUUUAUCUGCGUAUCUGCUAAAGUUGUCAGUUCUACUAAUGCUUGUUAACUCUGCCUUUGCAGGAAAAGCCGGCAAGAUAUUGUACAGUACUGCAUUUGAAGCGUAAGCCUUCUGUGUUAGAUAGAUUAUGUAAUCUUACUGGAAUUCAGUAAAUAUGAUUUGUUUAUCAAACAGGAGAUGGUAUGUCAGCAAUCUGAAUCCACAAAAAUGGUUGUUAUAUUUUGUAUUAUAUGGUCUAUGAUCGUGAAGUAUUGUAGGACCAGCAUUUGAGAAUGAUGUUUUGUAAAUAAGUUUGUGAAACUGGAUUAAAUAUUGACAAUAAACACA